GCCAGUGCGUCCGAUGCGGUGCGCGGGGACAAGGAGAUUAUCUUGAAAGCGGUGUCUGCUGACGGAUCUCUGCUUCGCUUUGCUGAUGGCCAGCUCCAGGCGGAUCGGGAAGUUGUCCUUGUUGCCGUGCGCCAGAACCGUAUGGCGCUGCGGUUUGCGGCCAGGGGCUUGCUGACCGACCGAAGAUUCGUGGAGGCUGCAGUGCAGCUUUGUGGCAAAGCUUUACAAUUUGCGCCUGCAGAGCUGCGUGGCGAUGCCGACCUAGUCAGGCUUGCCGUGCAGGAUGAUUUCCUUGCGCUGGAGUUCGCAGAUCCGGACCUGCUCGCCGACAAGAAUUUCAUGCUUUCCGCCAUGCGUGCCAACGUCAUGGCCCUGACCUUUGCCUCACCAGCUCUUCAGAAGGACCCGGAUCUGCAGAAAGCUUGUCAAGAGCAGCGUGCGAGGCUACUGCCGCAACAGGAAGUUGGCAGCUUCCUGCGCAGCGGCGCCUUCGCCAAAGGAAAGAAAAUGGCCAGCAUGGAAGGCGUGGUGGACACCACCACCUGGCUCAUGAAGGAGGUCGACAAGAUCUGUCCUCCUAUAAAUCUGCCUCCAAGACACUCUGGCAUGUCCCGGGCAGAGAGGCACCAACGGAUGCUGACAUUGCAACGGUAUCUCCAUAGCCAGCCCAAGGAGUGUCGGCUGCUUCGGUCUGAGGUGCGGAAUGCGACGAAGCUGUCAGUGGAGGCGGAGCAGGCGCUGUAUGAAGCGACCAGAAGGAGCGGCCUCGCAGCAAACGCAGCGAUGCAGGCAGCAUUGAGUCCAGCAUUGGCUUUCCCGCCUUACCACGGCCCGCCCUUCGAGAGGCCAGCCGACACGGUCAGCACCGAACAUGUUGAGGAGGGCGAGCCGGAGAAAGGCGUCCCAGUCUGCCACCUCACCUGCCACCAGAUGGGAGGAAGGUGGACCAGCGACGAGGUGACUUGGCCGUGGCCGAAGGAUGAAAAGGCUACGUCUUUCCUCUUGCUCUGA